UGUCAGACGGCCCGGAUCCCGGUUACCGGCCCCUCGCUCGCUGCUCGCCAGCCCAGACUCGGCCCUGGCGGUGGCGGCUGGCGAUUCGGGCCGAUCCGACCUGGGCGGAGGUGGCCCGCGCCCCGCGGCAUGAGCCGGUGACCAAGCUCGGGGCCGAGCGGGAGGCAGCCGUGGCCGAGGGGGAUGUCCUGCGCCUCAGGGUCCGGUGGUGGCCUGCGGCAUCCCUUGCGGUGCCAGAAGCCGUGGGACGAGAGCUACUCAGAGUUGCUGUUUCUCCUUGAGAUGCUUUUGGAGUGUGAGGAAGAGGCUGUCUGUGUCAUUAUGUGUGCGUCGGUCAAGUAUAAUAUCCGGGGUCCUGCCCUCAUCCCAAGAAUGAAGACCAAGCACCGAAUCUACUAUAUCACCCUCUUCUCCAUUGUCCUCCUGGGCCUCAUUGCCACUGGCAUGUUUCAGUUUUGGCCCCAUUCUAUCGAGUCCUCAAAUGACUGGAAUGUAGAGAAGCGCAGCAUCCGUGAUGUGCCAGUUGUCAGGCUGCCAGCUGACAGUCCCAUCCCAGAGCGGGGGGAUCUCAGUUGCAGAAUGCACACGUGUUUUGAUGUCUAUCGCUGUGGCUUCAACCCAAAGAACAAAAUCAAGGUGUAUAUCUAUGCUCUGAAAAAGUACGUGGAUGACUUUGGCGUCUCUGUCAGCAAUACCAUCUCCCGGGAGUAUAAUGAACUGCUCAUGGCCAUCUCAGACAGUGACUACUACACUGAUGACAUCAACCGGGCCUGUCUGUUUGUUCCCUCCAUCGAUGUGCUUAACCAGAACACACUCCGCAUCAAGGAGACAGCACAAGCGUUGGCCCAGCUCUCUAGGUGGGAUCGAGGUACGAAUCACCUGUUGUUCAACAUGUUGCCUGGAGGUCCCCCAGAUUAUAACACAGCCCUGGAUGUCCCCAGAGACAGGGCCCUGUUGGCUGGUGGCGGCUUUUCUACGUGGACUUACCGGCAAGGCUACGAUGUCAGCAUUCCUGUCUUUAGUCCACUGUCAGCUGAGGUGGAUCUUCCAGAGAAAGGACCAGGUCCACGGCAAUACUUCCUCCUGUCAUCUCAGGUGGGUCUCCAUCCCGAGUACAGAGAGGACCUAGAAGCCCUCCAGGUCAAACAUGGAGAGUCAGUGUUAGUACUCGAUAAAUGCACCAACCUCUCAGAGGGUGUCCUUUCUGUCCGUAAGCGCUGCCACAAGCACCAGGUCUUUGAUUACCCACAGGUGCUACAGGAGGCUACUUUCUGUGUGGUCCUUCGUGGAGCUCGGCUGGGCCAGGCAGUAUUGAGCGAUGUGUUACAAGCUGGCUGUGUCCCGGUUGUCAUUGCAGACUCCUAUAUUUUGCCUUUCUCUGAAGUUCUUGACUGGAAGAGAGCAUCUGUGGUUGUACCAGAAGAAAAGAUGUCAGAUGUGUACAGUAUUUUGCAGAGCAUCCCCCAAAGACAGAUUGAAGAAAUGCAGAGACAGGCCCGGUGGUUCUGGGAAGCAUACUUCCAGUCAAUUAAAGCCAUUGCCCUGGCCACCCUGCAGAUUAUCAAUGACCGGAUCUAUCCGUAUGCUGCCAUCUCCUAUGAAGAAUGGAAUGACCCUCCUGCUGUGAAAUGGGGCAGCGUGAGCAAUCCACUCUUCCUCCCGCUGAUCCCACCACAGUCUCAAGGGUUCACUGCCAUAGUCCUCACCUACGACCGAGUAGAGAGCCUCUUCCGGGUCAUCACUGAAGUGUCCAAGGUGCCCAGUCUAUCCAAACUACUUGUCGUCUGGAAUAAUCAGAAUAAAAACCCUCCAGAAGAUUCUCUCUGGCCCAAAAUCCGGGUUCCAUUAAAAGUUGUGAGGACUGCUGAAAACAAGUUAAGUAACCGUUUCUUCCCUUAUGAUGAAAUCGAGACAGAAGCUGUUCUGGCCAUUGAUGAUGAUAUCAUUAUGCUGACCUCUGACGAGCUGCAAUUUGGUUAUGAGGUCUGGCGGGAAUUUCCUGACCGGUUGGUGGGUUACCCGGGUCGUCUGCAUCUCUGGGACCAUGAGAUGAAUAAGUGGAAGUACGAGUCUGAGUGGACGAAUGAAGUGUCCAUGGUGCUCACUGGGGCAGCUUUUUAUCACAAGUAUUUUAAUUACCUGUAUACCUACAAAAUGCCUGGGGAUAUCAAGAACUGGGUAGAUGCUCAUAUGAACUGUGAAGAUAUUGCCAUGAACUUCCUGGUGGCCAACGUCACGGGAAAAGCAGUUAUCAAGGUAACCCCACGAAAGAAAUUCAAGUGUCCUGAGUGCACAGCCAUAGAUGGGCUUUCACUAGACCAAACACACAUGGUGGAGAGGUCAGAGUGCAUCAACAAGUUUGCUUCAGUCUUCGGGACCAUGCCUCUCAAGGUGGUGGAACACCGAGCUGACCCUGUCCUGUACAAAGAUGACUUUCCUGAGAAACUGAAGAGCUUCCCCAACAUUGGCAGCUUAUGAAACGUGUCAUUGGUGGAGGUCUGAAUGUGAGGCUGGGACAGAGGGAGAGAACAAGGCCUCCCAGCACUCUGAUGUCAGAGUAGUAGGUUAAGGGUGGAAGGUUGACCUACUUGGAUCUUGGCAUGCACCCACCUAACCCACUUUCUCAAGAACAAGAACCUAGAAUGAAUAUCCAAGCACCUCGAGCUAUGCAACCUCUGUUCUUGUAUUUCUUAUGAUCUCUGAUGGGUUCUCGAAAAUGCCAAGUGGAAGCCUUUGUGGCAUGCUCCAGAUUUAAAUCCAGCUGAGGCUCCCUUUGUUUUCAGUUCCAUGUAACAAUCUGGAAGGAAACUUCACGGACAGGAAGACUGCUGGAGAAGAGAAGGCUGUUAGCCCAUUUGAGGUCUGGGGAAUCAUGUAAAGGGUACCCAGACCUCACUUUUAGUUAUUUACAUCAGUGAGUUCUUUCAGGGAACCAAACCCAGAAUUUGGUGCAAAAGCCAAACAUCUUGGUGGGAUUUGAUAAAUGCCUUGGGACCUGGAGUGCUGGGCUUGUGCACAGGAAGAGCACCAGCCGCUGAGUCAGGAUCCUGUCAGUUCCAUGAACUAUUCCUCUUUGGUUUGGCUUUUUGAUAUGAUUAAAAUUAUUUUUUAUUCCUCUUU